AAUCUUUAAACACAUGGCAUAGUUCCACCUUCCUUCCUUCCAGUCUUUCCCACAUUUCUGGCCUCUUCAACAACUCACCCCUUUUCUUAUCUCUACCUGUCCCUUUUCCCAAUUCUUGAUUUCACUUCACAAUUCUCAAACAAUCCCAAAACAAAAAAAGAAGAAGGUGUUUUUACAGUGUUUUCUUUACUAUUUCCCACAUCACAGAUCUAAAAAAGAACCAAUCUUUUGUCAUGUCUCAACAUCCAUUGAAAGCAGUAACACUUACCCAUGUUAGAUACCAAAAAGGUGAUCAAUUAGGCCAUUUUUUAGCAUGGGUUUCAUUAGUUCCUGUAUUUGUAAGUCUUGGUGGUUUCAUAUCUCAUUUUAUUUUUCGUAGAGAACUUCAAGGUAUGUUGUUUGCAAUUGGUCUUAUUAUUUCUCAGUUCAUUAAUGAAAUAAUCAAGAAGUCAGUUCAACAAGAUAGACCUGAAACUUGUGCACUUCUUGAAAUGUGUGAUUCACAUGGUUGGCCUUCAAGUCAUUCACAAUACAUGUUCUUUUUUGCUGUGUAUGUUACUCUGUUGAGUUAUAGAAAAUUGGGGUUGAUUUGUAGAAAUCAAAUGUUGAUUGUCAUUCUUUUGGUUUGGCCUAUGGCGAUUUUGACAAUGUAUUCGAGGGUGUAUUUGGGAUAUCAUACUGUUGCACAGGUGUUUGCUGGUGCUGCUUUGGGAACUGUGCUUGGUGGGGGUUGGUUUUGGAUUGUUAACAAUGUGUUGAGUGGUUUUUUCCCUGCUAUUGAAGAGAGUGCUCUUGGGAGGUUUCUUUAUGUUAAGGAUACUUCUCAUAUACCUAAUGUUUUGAGAUUUGAGUAUGAGAAUGCAAGGUCUGCAAGGAAACACCCGUCCUACAAGCGUGCUGAUUGAUUCCUCGUCGUUCAUUGAUAUUCCAACAGAGUGAAACUUGAGGUUGGAACAGCUUGACCAACUCGAACUUGAUCGUUUGGAGGUUUAUGCUCUGUGCAAGUCUUUUUGUGAAAAGAAUUCAAAAGUUUGGAUGAGCUGCCUUUUGUUACUGAUCUUUUACCAUUAGUAGUUGUGCUGAUAGAUUCUCAUUUGGACCAAUAUUUGUAUAAACUAUAUUUUCUUCAUGCUGAAUUAGAUGCUGAUAUAUCACCCUUACAUAUGUUUUGAUAUCAUAUAUGGUGAUGCAACUGUGUUUAAAAUUUGACUUGGGAGCUGUAUUUCUCAUUUUGCAAGGAAUUGCUUGCUUUGUCA